AUGGCCUCUAAGCGAGCUCCUCUCGCCAGCAAUCCCAAUGUCGCCAACUCGCCUCUUCGCGCACCUUCAAUCUUGACUGGCUACGCCAAGUCCAAGCGUUCCUUUGCCACGGUCCAGCGCGAGGAGCCGUACGGACAGCCUCCGCCGGUGAAGAAGCAGAUUCUCGAAAAUGGUGCCCAACGUGCCGUACGAUCGCCGACGAAGCCAGCGGCUCGCGCACCGACACACAUUGUUGUCCCCCGCAACCCGAGUGCUGUCCCGCGACCCGUUGCUCGAGAACGACCGACCAGAGCGGCUGCGACUACUUCGACUGCGAGAGCUUCACAAGCCGUUGACACGGAAAAAGAGCUGUGGAAGAAGCACCACCGGGCCAAGUUCCCGAAAAUGGUCUUUUACUUUGAAAGCAUCCCGGAUGACGUGCGAGCAAAGCUGACCAAGAGGGUCACAUACCUCGGUGCUAGACAAGAGCCUUUCUUCUCAAUUGACGUUACCCAUGUCGUCACGAGUCGAGCGAUUCCACCUGAGAAGCCAGAGACUGGAGAUGCCGCGGCUGAGACUGAGGCAACUGAAGAGCAGGAGCCCGAAGAGCAGCCCCAGACAAUCAACCCGUCUCUCCUUGACAGGAACACUGCUGCCAGGCGGAGACUGCUUUACGAUUUUCGCCAGGCUUCAUCCUCCCAACUGGACGGCCUCGUGAAACGUAACAAGACGACUCGCAACAAUGAUGUCCUACACAAGGCACGCGAGAUGGGAAAGAAGAUUUGGUCUCUGGAUAAGUUUCAGAGCAUGCUGGCUGUGCUUCUUGAAUCAGAAACCCAAAGCUACAGCUCUCGGUCUGCGAGCAUGAGAAACCACUACGGCUCCAAGGGCUCUCAUGAACCCAACUUGUAUCAGCUCCUUCAUAACGAACGUAUAAAUGGACCGUCUGAUCGUGACCCGACUGUCAAUACCAGAGAGUUGACCUAUUUCAAGGGCCCGUACGUCUAUAUCUGGGAUAUGGAUGAGAAGCAGAAGCCCAUCAUGGUCCGCGAAUACCCCAAGGUUGCGAAUAAAGCUGAUGGCGAGUGGCCUCAGUUCCGCAGCGUUGGGAAUGGUCGCUGCCCCUUUGUCGAGGAAGUAGAUACCACUGAAAGAGACCAGCGAAAGGCACGAGAACGUGAAAAGGCGCAUCAGGCUAAGAAGGAAGAAUCCGUCCAGAUUCUCAAGGCCCCCGAAGUCCCUCCCUUGAAGCCUGUGACAGGAAAACGCACCCUGACGCAGAUGGAAGAUGCUCAUAGCCGGGUUCGUGCCAGUAUGUCAAUGGAAAAGCUCCAGCCGAUCAAGGUCACUUUCUCCAGGCAGCCCGUAGCUUUUACCAGCCGAGCCGAGGCUGGCCGUAUGUUUGCGGGAGAGCCUGUAGCCUCUGGUAUCCAGAAUACCAUCACAUCUGCGAUCCGUUCCCAGAUGAUCUCAUCGACAUCUGGCAUCAACGGCUCAAAGGCCGGAACCAGCAAAGAGGUCCAUGGGCUGCAGAGAAAGGUCUUGCAGAUGGCGAACCCGACUUCGUAUGAUGCCAGCUUGCGCCGGCCUACGGAAGUCGCUGCCGACGUCGCAUCUAGUCGUUCGACGCUGACUCGAACCACGUCCAAGACUAUCCCAGCCCAGGACGAAGACAGUCAAAAGGUGGAGAAGAAGGCACCCGCCCAGCGCUUGAAGAGCAAGAAAGAUCUGAAGCCGGGUUACUGCGAGAACUGCCAAGACAAGUUCAAUGACUUUGACGAGCACAUCUUGUCCCGCAAACACCGUAAAUUUGCGGACAAUGAUGAUAACUGGGUCGAACUGGAUGCUCUUCUUACACAGCUGAAGCGCAUACCAAAGUUUUCAUCUGCUGUUUCUGAUGACGAAGGAGGAGAGUGGUAA